AGCCUCCCGGCGCAGGGGCUGGCGGCUCCCAGGCGAACGCUCCCGCUUCGCCCCACGCGGGGUCGGGGCUCGCCCGCGGGACCCGCUCGGCUGCAGACCCGACGCGCUCGCCGGGGCCGGAGCAUAGCCUGAAGAGUCAGCCAUGACAGACACGAUGUUUGGCAACAGUACUGAUCGGUGGAUGUGUCCAAAUGACAGGCCGAUGUCCCUCAGAGCCAAACUCCCUGCUGGAUGGUCGGUACGUGGAAACCAGCCGGAAAGGCAACGGAAAAAUGAAGAGCUGACCGAUGAAGAGAAGGAGAUCAUCAACCGAGUAAUAGCUCGAGCAGAGAAAAUGGAAGAAAUGGAGCAGGAGCGUAUUGGGCGUCUCAUGAACCGCUUGGAAGACAUGCGCAAGAAUGUGGCUGGCGAUGGGGUCAAUCGCUGCAUCCUGUGCGGAGAACAGCUGGGAUCAGCUUGUGUCGUGUGUGAGGACUGCAAAAAGAAUGUCUGCACGAAGUGUGGCGUCGAGGCGACCAACAGCCGCCCUCAUUCCAUCUGGUUGUGCAAGAUCUGCAGCGAGCAGAGAGAGGUGUGGAAGCGUUCGGGGGCGUGGUUCUUCAAGGGCUUGCCGAAGCAAGUGCUGCCUCAGCCAAUGCCCGUCAGCAAGAACAAGCCGCCGCAAGCCCCCGGCGAACCUGCCUCCUCGGAGCCACCUGCUCAGGACCCGAAACUUCACUCCCGCACACCGAGCCGAGGUGGCCCUGAGGAGAAGAGGGGAGUGGGCAGGAAACCAGUCAAAUCCCGCGACCCCAGCCACGAUUCUGAACGUGGCUAUAGUUCUGAAGAAGAGAAUCCUGCUGCCUACAGGGGAAGGAAGGGGACAAGACAGAGGCCAGAAGCAGGCAGUGAACCAACGGCUGCUGCUUCUGGCCGGGGAAGCUACCCACCUCCUAGCCGCAAACCGUCUGAGGUCAGAAUGGCUCCAAGUGGCAGCGAGUUUGCUGGCAGGGUUGCUGAGAACUGGGAGUACGCAGCGGAAAGUGAAGUCAACCGGAGCCCUGGAAGUGUAAAACGUGCCAAUUCCGUCCAAGCCCCCAGGCCUCCUCCAGUGACUAGUCAGAGCUCUGCUGCCCAGGCUACUCAGCCAGCUCCUCCAGUGGGUGGCAGACAAGAGCCCGGGCCCGCUGGGAGAUAUCCAGAAAGACAAGUGAGCCAGUCGAUGGGCCCUCCCCAGACAGACCCGGCCUAUUCAGCAGCAGCACCCAGGGAUGAAAGAGGAGGUGGCGGUGGUUACUCGAUGCCUGCAGCCAGAGAGGAGAGGGCUAUGCGCCAGCCUGCCCCAUAUACGCAAGCCGCCGCUCCGCCUGCGCCACCUGCACGUCAACUCCCGCCGCCUCAGGACGACGACGAGGAUGAGGCCAACAGCUAUGAUUCUGAUGAAGCAACCACACUGGGGGCGCUGGAGUUCAGUCUGCUCUACGACCAGGAGAAGAGCUCUUUGCACUGCACUCUCAUCAAAGCCAAAGGCUUAAAACCAAUGGACUCCAAUGGUUUAGCUGAUCCUUAUGUAAAGUUGCACCUAUUGCCAGGAGCCAGUAAGUCAAACAAAUUGAGGACCAAGACUCUGCGCAACACUCGCAACCCCAUGUGGAAUGAGACACUGGUGUAUCAUGGCAUUACGGAUGAAGAUAUGCAAAGGAAAACACUCAGGAUCUCGGUGUGCGAUGAAGACAAAUUUGGCCACAAUGAAUUUAUCGGUGAAACUAGAGUUUCUUUGAAGAAGCUCAAAUCCAACCAGAAAAAGAACUUCAACAUCUGCUUGGAGAGAGUAAUACCGAUGAAGCGGGCUGGAACGACCGGCUCCUCUCGCGGGAUGGCGCUGUAUGAAGAGGAGGUAGACCGCGGUGGUGAUGUCGAAGAACGAGGAAAGAUCCUUGUGUCCCUCAUGUACAGCACCCAGCAGGGAGGCCUGAUUGUUGGCAUUGUCCGUUGUGUCCAUUUAGCUGCCAUGGAUGCCAAUGGAUACUCGGAUCCUUUCGUUAAACUUUGGCUGAAACCUGACAUGGGGAAAAAGGCCAAGCAUAAGACGCAGAUUAAAAGGAAGACAUUGAAUCCCGAAUUUAAUGAGGAGUUUUUCUAUGACAUAAAACACAGCGAUCUGGCCAAGAAAUCACUGGACAUAUCGGUCUGGGAUUAUGAUAUUGGCAAAUCUAACGAUUAUAUCGGCGGAUGUCAGCUGGGCAUCACCGCCAAGGGGGAGCGUUUGAAACACUGGUACGAGUGUCUGAAGAAUAAGGAUAAGAAAAUUGAACGCUGGCACACUUUACAAAACGAGAACCACGUUGCAAGCGAUUAAGGUCCCCAGCACAAGUCUCUCUGAAGUCCACGUCCUCUGCCAAGUCACAGUAGAUUUCCAAUGUCUGUCUUCCGAAGCCGAUGCUACAUGCCUUGCCUACAUCUCUUUGGAUCCCAGGAACGUUAUGCUGCCCUGUCUCCUUGACGCCAGCAUCCUCUGUUCACCAUUCUCAUCCCAAAGAGCAACCUGGAUCUCGUGUGUUCAAAUCCAUUUCUGACAGUGCAUCAUUCUGAUGUAUGAUUUUGUCAAGCAAUAGCCACACACUGAGGAUUUUCAUUUGUCUUCAUUUCUCACCAGUCUAACCUGCAUCAUAAUAUUGCUUCCUAUUCUGUUUGUUGAAGAUGUUUGUUCGUGAGGUGGUGUUUCACUUGGGUGCUCAUUGUUCUGUCCUCAUUAACCCAAGUGCGUUUAUUUUUCUCUCUGCACGUCUCUUUCCACUCCUCUCAUUUUCUCUUCUCCAACUGAAAUACUUUUAACAUCAGUUCUGUCUAUUGGGAUGCACAGUCAUUGAACCUACCCUAUUAUUGUUUUCAGCAUGUGGUGGGGGAGCAGUUUGAAAGUUGGUAUCACAGCAUCGGACAGUUCAGUUCAUUUGAUAUCAAUACCUCAGUUGCAAUAAGCAAAAGGCUGUUUGUUCUGUGCUGGGUUUGGUUAUAAACAUAACUUAGUAACUGCAUUUCCACUGAUGUAAUCCGGAGAGCACUAGGUAUUUGGCUUCUUUUCCAAAGGGAACAUUUUUGCAGUGUAUAGAGCUAGCAGACGGGGUGGUAAAUACUUUUGAGUUUUCACAGAAAGGACACUGAGUGUUAUGGCAUUUCAAUAAAUAACUGGAGAUAGAGCGCCACCUUCUGCAUGCUCAUUUUGGAAACACCAGAUCUGAGUUUUGGUUUGUUUCAGACACAAUUAAUUUUGGAACUAGGAACCUGCACAUGCUCUUACUCUAGGAAUCCUUCCUUGUCUUAGACUUGUGACCACCUCCCAUUCCACUGAAUAUGGCUACAUAACCUAGCAAAUAGCUGUAUUUUGGGGGCUGAAUUUGUUAAGCUCUCUUGUGACAGUGUUUUCUGUUUCAUAAUAAUUUCAUAGAUGUUCAUUUUACCACCUGCAGGUGGGAAAACAUUUCCUAAGGAGUUGAUGUGUUUAAGUAUUUGUUUUCCUUUUAAAAUACAGCACUUAAUGAAAUUAUCUGGGACAGUUAGUGGUCUUCCAACUUCAAUUUUCUGGUGGGUUUCCUUUUAUUAUUGCACAAAAGAAAGAUUUGCUUCAAUCUGUGCUUAAUUUCUUGUUUGUGGGUAUUUUAUUUCAUAUCAACAAAAGGAGAGUCGACAAGCUCUUGAAUUGAUAUUGAUCUUUUUGAUACCAGUCUGAUCCAUCUGCUGUUUUGUACAACCUUCAAGCAUAGCAAUGUCAAGAUUAGUACAGUAAGUACUCCUGGAAUAUAUGGUCGCUCAGCUACAAACUUAGCAUGCUAAACAAAACCUAAAGACCUUGGUUCAGGCUCCUUGGUUCAUGACUCCUUUGCAGGCUGCUGCUCUCCUCUCUGCUACGGUGGUGGUGUUGCGUGGUGUAUUCUGAACUGAGCUGUACCUCAGUGUCCUUUAAUUUUCUAUUUUGAUGAGUUAUUUUCUUAUUCUUGGCUUUUUUCAGUGGAAUUUAAUAGUACCAGUCAUUUGCAAUGAACAUCUUUAUAAAGCUUUAACUUCACAGACAGAGGGGAAAAUCCAACCCUCUCUCCCGCAUGAAGGUUUCAAUGGGCUGUCACCGUACUGUAUUCCUGUGAUGUGCUUUUAUACAGAAGAAACUAUAGGCUAGUAAUUCUCCUACCCAGAGUCCUUCACUUUCUUUACCCGCUGUUUCUUUUAGAGCCUUGAGACCGUGGGGGCAGUCCCUGCAAGUGAAGGAAGUGCAUUGCUCAACUGAAUAACCUCACUCCUAGCGCAUCACCGGAUCGGGGGCCCUGCGCAUGUCUCCUGAGCUGCUGUUUUAGUUUGUGGAUUGUUUCUUGUCCUCUUGUGCAGUGUGAUUCUUUCACACUCGUAGAACAUAGAUGUAUAGCGUCACAGGGAGUGCUGGCUCCUGUGAUCAUUUAAAUGUCAAUGGGAUAAAAUCGAGAUGAGUUCGCUCGCGCGCUCGC